AUGCCGCCGCCGAGUGGCCCCAGCGUCCUCGCGCGGCUGCUGCCGCUGCUGGGGCUGCUGCUCGGCGGCGCCUCUCGGGCUCCGGGCAAGUCGCCGCCGGAGCCCCCCAGCCCGCAGGAGGUCCUGAUCAAGGUGCAGGUGUAUGUAAGCGGUGAGCUGGUUCCUCUGGCCCGGGCCUCCGUGGAUGUGUUUGGGAACCGGACCCUACUGGCUGCUGGCACCACGGACUCGGAGGGCGUGGCCACACUGCCCUUCAGUUACCGCCUGGGCACCUGGGUGCUGGUCACUGCUGCCCGCCCUGGCUUCCUGACCAACUCAGUGCCCUGGCGUGUUGACAAGCUGCCUCUAUAUGCGUCUGUCAGCCUCUACCUGCUCCCUGAAAGGCCAGCCACCCUCAUCCUCUAUGAGGACCUUGUGCACAUCCUCUUGGGCUCUCCCGGUGUGCGCUCCCAGCCUUGGGUGCAGUUCCACUGCAGAGGUGCCUGUCUGCCUACCUCCACCUACAGCCAGCUCUGGGCCUCCCUCACACCUGCCAGCACUCAGCAGGAAAUGCGGGCCUUCCCUGCCUUCCUGGGCACUGAGGCCUCCAGCUCAGGCAAUGGAUCCUGGCUGGAGCUGAUGCCCUUGGCUGCAGUGAGUGUGCACCUGUUGACAGGCAAUGGGACCGAGGUGCCACUCUCGGGCCCCAUUCACCUGUCCCUGCCCGUGCCCUCAGAGCCUCGUGCCCUCGCUGUGGGCACCAGCAUUCCAGCCUGGAGGUUCGACCUCAAAAGUGGGCUAUGGGUACGCAAUGGCACUGGUGUGAUCCAGAAGGAAGGCCGGCAGCUCUACUGGACCUUUGUCUCCUCCCAGCUGGGCUACUGGGCAGCUGCCAUGGCCUCCCCCAUGGCCGGGCUGGUCACCAUCACGUCGGGCAUCCAAGACAUUGGUACCUACCACACCAUCUUCCUGCUCACCAUUCUGGCUGCCCUGGCCUUGCUGGUGCUUACCCUGCUGUGUCUGCUCAUCUACUACUGCCGAAGGCGCUGCUUGAAGCCAAGGCAACAGCACCGCAAGCUGCAGUUCACCGGACCAUCUGACGGAAACAAACGAGACCAGGCCACCUCGAUGUCCCAGCUCCACCUCAUCUGUGGGGGGCCUCUGGAGCCUGCCUCGUCGGGGGAUCCUGAGGCUCCGCCGCCAGGCCCACUCCACUCAGCCUUCUCCAGCUCCCGGGACUUGGCCGCCUCCCGGGACGACUUCUUUCGCGCCAAAUCGCGCCCUGCCAGCCGCCCGGCCGCCGAGCCUUCGGGUGCUCGCGGGGGCGAUGGCGCCGGGCUCAAGGGCACCCGCUCCCUGGAGGGCCCUGGCGGGCUGGAGCCGGGGCUCGAGGAGUACCGGCGGGGGCCCCCGGGGGCCGCCGCCUUCCUGCACGAACCGCCCUCGCCGCCGCCGCCCUUCGACCACUACCUGGGCCACAAGGGGGCGACCGAGAGCAAGACCCCCGACUUCCUGCUGUCGCAGUCGGUGGACCAGCUGGCGCGGCCGCCGUCGCUCGGACAGGCUGGGCAGCUCAUCUUCUGUGGUUCCAUCGACCACCUCAAGGACAGUGUGUACCGCAAUGUCAUGCCCACCCUAGUGAUCCCGGCGCACUAUGUGCGCCUUGGAGGCGAGGCGGGCACCGCGGGAGCGGGCGACGAGCCAACCACGCUCGAAGGCCCGACCCCAGGCCCCGUACGCUCUUUUCCCCAGCCCGACUCCCAGCGCCCACUGAUGCAGGGCCACUCGGGCACGGGGAGUGAGGGCGGUGGGGGUGGCGGCGGCGAGGGCUGGGGGGGCGGGCGCUCGGCGCCUGUCAGCGGCUCUGUCACAAUCCCCGUGCUGUUCAACGAGUCCACCAUGGCGCAGCUCAACGGGGAGCUGCAGGCACUGACCGAGAAGAAGCUGCUCGAACUGGGCGUGAAGCCUCACCCGCGCGCCUGGUUUGUAUCUCUCGACGGGCGCUCCAACUCGCAGGUGCGCCACUCCUACAUCGACCUGCAGGCAGGCGGCGGGGGCCGCAGCACAGACGCCAGCCUGGACUCAGGCACAGAGCCGAGCAGCAGCGAGAGCCGCACGGGCCUCUGCUCCCCAGAGGACAACUCACUGACGCCGCUGCUGGAUGAAGUGGCGCCUCCCGAGGGCCGGGCUGCCACAGUGCCCCGAGGCCGGGGCCGCAGCCGCGGGGACAGUUCCCGCAGCAGCGCCAGCGAGUUGCGGCGUGACUCUCUCACCAGCCCGGAGGACGAGCUGGGGGCAGAGGUGGGCGAUGAGGCGGGAGACAAGAAGAGCCCGUGGCAGCGGCGGGAGGAACGGCCACUUAUGGUAUUCAAUGUCAAAUAA